AUGCUCCACAAUGCUGGUGAAUGGCACAGCGCAACAUUUUGGGUGCUGGUGGUUGGUGCAGCGUUACUCGCUGUCGUCCUUGCUGCUGUGGCCUGCUGGGUGGCCCGAAGACGGUCAUCGCUUGCUCAUAAACUUGGAGGCAAGCGUGGACCAGAUAAGGCGUUGGUCUUCCAGCCCCCACGUCGUGCGACAGCCGUUCGUUCCCCCGGUUCUGCCACACAUUAUUUGCGCAAGUCUCCGUCACCGACCACCGCUGCUCCUCAACAGCCUACAUCACCGCCACGGCCGCAGACACCUAACCCGCCAUCUGGAGCGACUACUCCUCAUACCCCGACUGCUCCAAACGAGCCAACUCCCCUCAGCAAGGAGUUAGCUGAUGUCCAUGCCACUGAGAAGAUCAAGCCUAUUGAACCGGAGACCAAUGAUGGGAAACUGGGUGAUUUGCACUUUAAACUACGAUAUGAGAACGAGAAGAGCGCACUGGUGGUAUCAGUCGUGUCUUGCCAGAAUCUCCCUGGACGUGAGCCUGCCGGUCCAGACCCUUAUGUCAAGUUGCAGCUCCUACCUGAUAAACAGCACAAAGUUAAAACCAGAGUCGUUCGCAAGACCCGUUGCCCGGUGUACGACGAAGACUUCACAUUCUACGGCAUCGCUCCCCACCAGCUCACUGGAAUCACUCUGCACUUCGUAGUGCUUAGCUUUGACAGAUACUCCCGCGAUGAAAUAAUUGGUGAGGUGGUAUCUCCCCUGUCAAACCUUCAACUUCAAAGUGGCGAAGCGAUGGCUCUAUGCCGUGAGAUACAGCCUCGAAGCUUGAAGAUGCGUAGUGUUGGUCGUGGUGAGGUGCUGGUUUCUCUUUGCUGGCAGCCAGCUGCAGCCCGACUCACUGUGGUGUUACUCAAGGCUCGUAAUCUACCCAAGAUGGACGUCACUGGUCUUGCUGAUCCUUACGUGAAAAUGUACCUCCUCUAUAACGGUCAGCGCAUCGCUAAAAAGAAGACUCAUGUAAAGAAACGCACUCUGAACCCAGUGUUCAACGAAUCCUUCGUGUUCGAGGUACCAGCAGCUCCUAACGCGACCCUAGACCACGUUUCAUUGGAACUGCUUGUGCUGGACUGGGACAGGGUCACCAAGAACGAGGUGAUCGGUCGUGUGGAGCUUGGGGCCAAUGGAACCGGGAGUGCUCGACACCACUGGCGCGAAGUACAGGCCGCACCGCGCCGGCAAAUCGCUGAUUGGCACAAACUCAAGGAGUGA